AUGGGUGUCAUCCAGCGGUGGCACACACUGGGCUCCGAGAUGGCACGCGGCGCAGUAGAUGGCGGGAACGGAUCCCCCCAAGGACAUCCUGCCAUGGAGGAGGACGAGGAGGAGUACGAAGAGGCGGCGCCCGUGCACCAGUACAUCGUGGACGACUUGAUCCGAGUUGAACCUGUGGUUAAGCCCAAGCCAACAAAGAGGGGGGGUGAGAAGAAUGCUGGCAAAUCAAGAAGGAAGAAAAACAAAGGGAAAAACAAAAAGAAAGGGACUCCAUGUGAAAUGGAAUACAAAAACUUUUGCAUCCAUGGUGAAUGCAUAUACCUAGAACAUCUCCAAAUGGUGACCUGCAAGUGUCAUCAGGACUACUUUGGUGAGCGCUGUGGUGAACAGUUCAUGAAGACUCAAAGGAAGAAUGAUGUGGCAGACUACUCAAAGACUGUGUUGGUGGUGGUAGCUGUUCUGCUCUCAGGCAUCAGCUUCAUUACUGUACUCAUCAUUGUGAUAGUUCAGGUCAGGAAAAAGUGUCCUCAGUAUGAAGAAAAAGAAGAAAGGAAAAAACUUCGACAAGAAAACAGAAGUAGUCAUGUUGGUGUGUAAAUGAGGAGAGAGCAGAACAAUUCUGAUGUGGCCACUGCCAAGCUGCAGGGUACCUCUGGCUACCUGACACACUCACCUGGACACUGUGGGCUGGAGCUGUUGCCACUAAGCCCUGAUUCAUCCAGACAGAGGCUGCUGCAAGUAGAUGUCCAACAUGCCACUUGCUGCUCAAUAACUUGCUGGGGAAGACAGUUACUGCUACAUCUUGGCGCAAAAAUAUGCAAGGAGCUGCCACUAUGGGGUAGAGGACUUGCUAUCAAGACCUGUUAGAGACUACUGCUACUGAGCCCUCUCUGAUCAGUGCUGGAACUUGAGUUUCUGCUGUUACAUGGAUGGACUUUGUUCUGGU